AUGAAGGCCGCAAUCCUUCUUCUUGUUCAACUAGCUGCAAUUCAUACUGGGGGGCACGUAAUACCGUUACGUGCACAAAAAGAAGUGGACAGUUACAAAGACAGCAUAGGUGAAAAUUGGUGGAAUGAUACGCACACAAGCGGGCAAAUCCCGGACGUAUCCACAGAGCAGAGGGAGAUGGGAAGGGAAGUAAGCACAGAGGAUAUUGAAGAAUUCACAGCUGAAAUGACGGAAACUAGCGCUGGCAGUGUAAAAGAAUACAUAAAAUACAAUAACAAAUUGGUGCAUGGUGGGAUGGGACGAGGGAACAUGGACCACUGGGGAGAAUACAUGGAGGCAUCAACCGAAUACCGGUUGCCAAGAGAAGAGAUAACUACAGUGGGCUACGAUGGUUUUACAGCCAGAGUGACGGACGAACUUGAUGGGAAAACGACGAUAUACCCAGAAUAUACCGAGGAAUAUUCCGAUGGUGAAUUCACUGGUGAGGCCACGGAUAUAUCAGUUGGGUACACAGGCGGAUCAACAGAAUACUGGUGGCGGAGACAUAAAGUGCCAACGGAGCGUUUUAGUGAGUUAACAGACAAUGUGGCUGACGUGGUUAAUGUGAAUACGAAGAGGUACCCAGAACACACUGAGGGAUUUUCAGACGAUGGAAUCGGAGGAGGAAUAACGGACGAGUGGGGAGAAUACACGGACGCAUCAACCGAAUACCGGUUGCCAAGAGAAGAGAUAACUACAGUGGGCUACGAUGGUUUUACAGCCAGAGUGACGGACGAACUUGAUGGGAAAACGACGAUAUACCCAGAACAUACCGAGGAAUAUUCCGAUGGUGAAUUCACUGGUGAGGCCACGGAUAUAUCAGUUGGGUACGCAGGCGGAUCAACAGAAUACUGGUGGCGGAGACAUAAAGUGCCAACUGAGGGUUUUAUUGAGUUAACAGACAAUGUGGCUGACGUGGUUAAUGUGAAUACGAAGAGGUACCCAGAACACACUGACGGAUUUUCAGACGGUGGAACCGGAGGAGGGACCACGGAGGACUGGGGAGAAUACACGGACGCAUCAACCGAAUACCGGUUGCCAAGAGAAGAGAUAACUACAGUGGGCUACGAUGGUUUUACAGCCAGAGUGACGGACGAACUUGAUGGGAAAACGACGAUAUACCCAGAACAUACCGAUGAAUUCUCCGGUGUUGGAUUUGGAGGUGAGGCCACGGAUGACUCCGGGGUUUUCUCAGACGAAUCAACCGAAUCCUGGAUUCCGGGAGAUGAGCUGACCAUCGGCAGUUUCGAGGAGUUCACAGGCAAUGUAACCAACGUGGUUAAUGUGUAUUCAACGAUACACCCAAAAAACGCAAAGGAAUAUGCAGGCAGUGGAUUCGGGGGAGGAGCCACGGACUACGGGGGAGAAACCACGGAGGCAUCAACGGAAUACUGGUUGCCAAGCACGGAGAUAACUACAAACGGCUACGAGGAUUUCACAGCCAAAUUGACGGAAGAACUUGCUGGGAUUACGAAGAAGGACCUGGAACAUAACGUUGAAAUCUUCCAUAGUUGGAGGAGGGAUGAGAACACGAAUGAUUCUGGCGAAUACUCGAACGUGUCAAACGUCGAAUGA